AUGGCCCAAAAUGUGCAAAUAGCUGGAGUAGAGAACUGCACCGACAGCCACGUUGGCCAUCAAUGGAGGGAGCACGUGCUCCGUCGUCAGCACACCGGGGGUAGUCCCCCGGAGCCAAAGCACGACAUCCUUCAGCUUCGAAGGCGACGCAGCGGCAGCCUCCUGGAGCUGUCGCUGUCGCUCGAGGUGGAUGUUGCGCGCAAAGGCAAGGUAGUCGACCCGCAUGCGGAAGAAGGCCUUUGCCGGAGCGCGAAAGUAAAAGGCGACGGCCUGGGCGGUGAAGGCGCGCAUGCCGGCUGCCGAGGCGGCGGUAGCGGCAUUGCUGCGGGAGUUGUUGUCCAGCGGCUCCACACCAGGCGGCAGGACGGGCAGGACGCCCGUGUUGACUGGCGGAGUUGGCAGCCUAGGGCCGUUGCCGCCGAGGUCGUCAAUCGAGGUCAUAAUCCGACGUAG